UAAACUAGCUUCCAUGGUAUUCGGUUGUUUCCUUUCCGCACUACGGACACUCCAUCUGGCGACGAGCGAACCCUCAAAAACAAAAGAAAAACAAAUGAAGCGCUUUUGUUUCCUUUCAAAUGUUCUGGUGAAAAUUUUGUAAAUAAUGGCGUCGGUAAUCGGAAAUUUGAGUGUUUUUGACUAUAAAAUUCACGAGUGGGAAAUAUUUCACGGACGAUUAUUGCAAUUUAUAAAGUUAAAUAACAUCGAGGAGGAACAUAAAAGUGCAGUGUUGUUGACGCAUAUUUCGGAAGAAGCGUAUAAAUUGGUGCGAAAUUUAGCGUACCCGCGUAGUGUGGAAGAGGUGGACUUUCAUGGCUUAGUGAAAUUACUGAACGGUCAUUUUACUCCUAAACGGUCGAUCUUUGCCGAUAGGGCAAGGUUCUACGAUGCUUCGAGGGGUGAUGGCGAAAGUGUCGAGGAUUGGGCGGCGCGACUUCGGGGACUUGCGAUUUAUUGCGAGUUUGGCGGAGCCCUGGACACGUUACUACUAGAUCGCUUCGUGCUGGGUCUGGGUGCAGGCCCCCAGCGGGACCGCCUGGUCGAGCAAGACGCGGUCACGCUGACGCUGGCGAAGGCGAUGGAGAUGGCACAGCAGACGGCGUGCGCCCGGGCGGCGCGCGCGGCCAUGCACGCGGCGGAGGCGCCGGUGUACCUCGCGGGCUGCGAGCGCCGCGCCGCCCCGCCCCGCGCACCGCGCCGCGCAGAGCCCGGGGGCGCCCCGGCCGCGGCGGAGUCUACGCAGCGGUGUGCAGUGUGCGGCCUCAAGGCUCAUGAGGCUAUCAAGUGUCGGUUCAAAAACUAUAAGUGCCGAAAGUGCGGUGAAAAAGGGCAUUUGAAGAAAGUGUGUAAAAAGGCAGGUUCUCAUUUGCAUAAUGUUGAAGCGGAUGCAGAGGUACCGGGCGUGCCUGAGUGUGAGGACUGCCAGUGCUUCAACGUUCGGUAUGUAAGUUACGACCCUAUUAAAGUAACUGUUAAUGUAAAUAAUGUAAAUUUGUCAAUGGAGAUAGAUUCCGGAUCGGGCACUUGUAUUAUUUCACACGACUUGUACAUAGAUAGAUUUAGGAACUGUAAUUUGCAAAAGUGUAACAUAAGAAUGUGUCUCUAUAACGGACAUAAAAUUACGCCAGUGGGUUAUUUUGUUGCCAGAGUAACGUAUCUAAACCAAACGGAGGACGUGAGGUUCUACGUGAUUAAGAAUGGCGGGCCCCCACUGUUAGGCCGUGAAUUUAUGUCAAAGUUCAACAUGCAUUUUACAACGUCUGUUAACAAUGUCGCGUUGAGUGUGCCUGACGUGGAUGUGCAGCAAUUGAUGAAGCAAUAUCCAGACAUUUGGAAAGAUGAGUUAGGUUGCUUUAAUAAGUUUGAAGUAGAUUUACACCUGAAAGAUGGUGCAACUCCUAAGUUCUUUAAACCGCGAAAUAUUCCCUUCGCGCUGAAGGAGAGGGUGGAGGAGGAGUUGGACCGGCUGGUGCGCGCCGGCAUACUGGUGCCGGUGCGGUACUCGCAGUAUGCGACACCAAUAGUGCCCGUACUUAAGGAAAAUGGCGUAGUGAAUUAUUAUAGGAAUUUUAUUCCAAACGCGUCUUCGCUUCUGGCUCCGCUGCACGAACUGCUGAAGGCGGGCGCGCGCUGGGAGUGGACGCGGCGGCACGGGGACGCGCUGGCGGCCGUGCGGCGCGAGCUGGCGUCCGACCGCGUGCUGGCGCACUUCGACCCCGCGGCGCAGCUGGUGCUGGCGGUGGACGCGGGCCCGGCCGGCCUCGGCGCCGUGCUGGCGCAUGUGGAUGACCGGGGCAGGGAGAGGCCUAUCGCUUUUGCGUCGCGAUCGCUGUUACCGAAACCGAUAUUCAGUGGGGUAGACGAGUUCUCGAGACCGAGGACAGAGUCUUGUGGCCACUUGUGGCACUCUUUGGGACAUGCCUAUGUCGAGCAGUGGAGGAUUCCUGAUGAUGACGAUUGA